AUGGCCAAUAAGUAUGCGAAAAGAUGUCAGUGUCAUCAGGAAAAUGCACGUCCAAACUACAGCGAGAUGCCACUCCACCUCCACCAGGGCACCUGCAGUCAGACAGACAGUGCGUUUGACUUACUGGACGGGGAGAAGCAGGAGCCCUUGUGCACUGCUGGGGGGAACGAAAGAGGGUGCAUUCAGCCACUUAGGGAAAAGAAUGUCUCUUCCCCAAAUGGUGAGCGUAGAAAUCCCAGACAACCAGCAGUCCCACUCCUGGGUAUGCACGCCAGAGAACUGAAAUCAAGUGAUCACACAAAAGCUUGCACACAGAUGUUCACAGAAGCAUUCACGCACAAUAGCCCGAAUGGAGAAGCAAGCCAAUUGUCCAUCAACAGGAAAUGGAUUUUAAAACGUGGUCUGUCCAUAUGA